AUGUCCCGGGUCGGGCUGGAGAAGGGGAAAGCGGGGGAGGGGAGCGCGGCGCUGGGGGCCGGCCCCCGUUCUGACUUCGCGUUUGCUUCCUUAUUGAGUCCUAUAUACCUUUUUCUUGCAGAAAAAGAACAGCAAGAAGCAAUUGAACAUAUUGAUGAAGUACAAAAUGAAAUAGACAGACUUAAUGAACAAGCCAGUGAGGAGAUUUUGAAAGUAGAACAGAAAUAUAACAAACUCCGCCAACCAUUUUUUCAGAAGAGGUCGGAAUUGAUCGCCAAAAUCCCAAAUUUUUGGGUAACAACAUUUGUCAACCAUCCACAAGUGUCUGCACUGCUUGGGGAGGAGGAUGAAGAAGCACUGCAUUAUUUGACAAGAGUUGAAGUGACAGAAUUUGAAGAUAUUAAAUCAGGUUACAGAAUAGAUUUUUAUUUUGAUGAAAACCCUUACUUCGAAAAUAAAGUUCUCUCCAAAGAAUUUCAUCUGAAUGAGAGCGGUGAUCCAUCUUCAAAGUCCACUGAAAUCAAAUGGAAAUCUGGAAAGGAUUUGACGAAACGUUCUAGUCAAACGCAGAAUAAAGCCAGCAGGAAGAGACAGCAUGAGGAACCAGAGAGCUUUUUUACCUGGUUUACCGACCAUUCUGAUGCGGGUGCAGAUGAGUUAGGAGAGGUCAUCAAGGAUGAUAUUUGGCCAAAUCCAUUACAGUACUACUUGGUUCCUGAUAUGGAUGAUGAAGAAGGGGAAGGAGAAGAAGAUGAUGAUGAUGAUGAAGAAGAAGAGGGAUUGGAAGAUAUUGAUGAAGAAGGAGAUGAGGAUGAAGGUGAAGAGGAUGAAGAUGAUGAUGAGGGGGAGGAAGGAGAGGAGGAUGAAGGAGAAGAUGACUAAUGGAACACUGACGGAUUCCAACCUUCCUUUUUUAAUUUUCUCCAGUCCCUGGGAGCAACUUGCAGUCUUUUUCUUUCUUUCUUUCUUUCUUUCUUUUUU